GUUGCUGCUGCAGGGAGAUGAUGAACUGAGAGCUUUGGCGAGCUGAGAAACCACAACAUGGCAGUAACCUAUGAUGAUGUACAUAUCAACUUCACUAAGGAAGAGUGGGAUUUGCUGAAUCCUUCCCAGAAGAAUCUCUAUGAAGAUGUGAUGCUGGAGACCUUCAGAAACCUAACUACUAUAGGACACAUUUGGGAAGACUGUAACACUGAAGAACAUAGUCAAUGUUCUAGAAGAUAUGCAAGGAUUGAAAGAAAUCAAAUUGGAGAGAAGUUUUCAAUAUAUUCUCACUGUGCUAAAGCCUUGUGUUAUAACACUCAUCCUAUAAAGAAUGAAAAAAUGCAUACCGGAGAAAAAUGCUCUGAAAUUAAGCAAUGUGGUAAGACCUUUGCUUAUCACAGUCAUCUUCAAAUGCAUAAAAGAACACACACUGGAGAGAAACCCUAUGAAUAUAGUCUAGAUGUUAAAGACUUUGUUCUUUAUGAAACUCAUCAAAGUCAUAAAAGAACACAUACUGGAGAGAAAUCAUAUGAAUGUAAUCUGCAUGGUAAGGCCUUUGCUGAUCACAGUCAUCUUCAAAAAAAUAAAAGAACACAUAUUAAAGAGAAACUGGAUGAAUGUAAUCAGUAUAGUAAAGCCUUUGCUCAACACAGUGUUCUUCAAACACAUAAAAGACCACAAACUGAAGAAAAACCCUAUGAAUGUAAUCAGUGUGGUAAGGCCUUUACACGUCACGAUAAUCUUCAGUUGCAUAAAAGAACACAUACUGGAGAGAAACCCUAUGAAUGUAAUCAGUGUGGUAAGGCCUUUGCUUAUCACAGUGUUCUUCAAAGUCAUAAAAGAACACAUACCGGAGAGAAACCCUAUGAAUGUAAUCAGUGUGGUAAGGCCUUUGCACGUCACAGUCUUCUUCAAUUGCAUAAAAGAACACAUACUGGAGAGAAACCCUAUGAAUGUAAUCAUUGUGGUAAAACCUUUGCUGAUCACAGUGUUCUUCAAAAUCAUAAAAGAACGCAUACCGGAGAGAAACCCUAUGAGUGUAACCAGUGUGGUAAGGCCUUUGCACGUCACAGUCUUCUUCAAUUGCAUAAAAGAACACAUACUGGAGAGAAACCCUAUGAAUGUAAUCAGUGUGGUAAGGCCUUUGCUUAUCACAGUGUUCUUCGAAGUCAUAAAAGAACACAUACUGGAGAGAAACCCUAUGAAUGUAAUCAGUGUGGUAAGGCCUUUGCUCAAAACCGUGCUUUUCAAAAUCAUAAAAGAACGCAUACUGGAGAAAAACCCUAUGAAUGUAAUCAGUGUGGUAAGGCCUUUGCACGUAAGGAUCAUCUUCAAAUGCAUAAAAGAACACAUACCGGAGAAAAACCCUAUGAAUGUAAUCAGUGUGGUAAGGCCUUUGCACGUCAUAGUCUUCUUCAAUUGCAUAAAAGAAUGCAUACUGGAGAGAAACCCUAUGAAUGUAAUCAGUGUGGUAAAGCCUUUGCAUAUCAAAAUAACCUUCGCAGUCAUAAAAGAAUGCAUACUGGAGAGAAACCAUAUGAAUGUAGUCAGUGUGGUAAGGCCUUUGCUCAAAACUGUAAUUUUCAAAAUCAUAAAAGAACACAUACUGGAAAGAAACCUUAUGAAUGUAAUCAGUGUGGUAUGGCAUUUGCACGAAAGUAUCAUCUUCAAAUGCAUAAAAGAACACAUACUGGAGAGAAACCCUAUGAAUGUAAUCAAUGUGGUAAGGCCUUUGCAUAUCAAAAGAAUCUUCAUGUUCAUAAAAGAAUACAUACUGGAGAGAAACCGUAUGAAUGUAAUCAGUGUGGUAAGGCCUUUGCAGCUAAGAGUAAUCUUCAAAAGCAUAAAAGAACACAUAAUGGAGAGAAACCCUAUGAAUGUAAUCAGUGUGGUAAGGCCUUUGCUCAACACAGUCAUCUUCAAAAGCAUAAAAGAACACAUACUGGGAAGAAGCCAUAUUAAUUUAAUCAAUGUGUUAAGGCCUUUGCUAGACACAGUGUUCUUUAAUUGCAUAAAAGAACACAUACUGGAGAGAAACCCUAUGAAUGUAAUUGGUGCAGUAAAUCCUUUUUCACAAUCAUCUCCAAAUACAUAAAAUAAGCCAUCCUAUAGAGAAACUCUGAAUUUAAUGUGUGUAUUCUUCAAAAAACAAGAGGAAAAUCAUACUGCAGUGAAUCUCUAUAAAUGAAUUCAGUGUCAUAAUGUUUUGUGCUUCGUAUAGUAGUAAGACUUUUUGUGUGUAAUCAACCUGAUAAAGCUUGUGUGUGCAUAUUACCAUAAUCUUUUGGACCUGAGGAAAAAACUGAGGGUUUAUUGUAAACUAUUCUUUAAAAUCUAAAGCCACUUACAGUUAGAUAACUAUUGUAU